CACACAUACACAUACACACCAUUACCAGCCAUGCACCGUUCAGGUACCCCGACACUGUCACUCAUAUUCACUGUCUGAGAGCAUGAGCCCGGGAACAAGUCGGCACCAGUAAAGGCCUGCGCAGGGUAUUUGGGCCACAAUGAUUCUGAUUUUGCAUCCCCUGGAGAACUUGAAGUCCUACAUCAGUAGCCGGCCACCUCUGGUGAUUUUCAUGGUUAGUGUAAGUGGAAUGGCCAUAGCCUUCCUGACACUUGGUUAUUUCUUCAAAAUGAAAGAGAUCAAGUCACCGGAGAUGACUGAGGACUGGAACACCUUUCUCCUGAGGUUUAACAAUCUUGACUUGUGUGUAUCUGAGAAUGAAACUUUAAAACAUUUUUUGAAUGAAACCACCCCUCCUGAAAGCACAGUAACUUCUGGUCAAGCAAGGUCAUCCACACAAACUCCACAAGCUCUAGAAGACUCUGGACCCAUAAAUAUUUCUGUGGCAAUUACCUUAACUUUAGAUCCACUAAAACCCUUUGGAGGAUAUUCCCGUAACAUCACGCACCUGAGCUCUACAAUUUUUGGCCAUCAGAUUGGUCUUUCAGGCAGAGAUUCCCAUGAAGAGAUGAAUAUUACGUUUACUUUGCCUGCUGCAUGGAACUCUGAUGACUGUAUUGUCCAUGGGCACUGUGAACAGGUGGUAUUUACUACAUGUAUGACUGUCACAGCAGCAUCCAGUGUGUUUCCAGUCACAGUUCAGCCUCCUCACUGUAUUCCUGAGACAUACAGCAAUGCUUCUUUGUGGUACAAAAUCUUCACCACUGCUCGUGACUCAGGGACAAAGUAUGCACAAGAUUAUAAUCCCUUCUGGUGUUACAAGGGAGCAGUCGGCAAGGUGUACCAUGCUUUAAAUCCCAAACUCACAGUGAUUGUUCCAGAGGAUGACCGUUCGCUUAUAAACCUGCACCUGAUGGACACAAGUUACUUCCUUUUUGUGAUGGUCAUCACCAUGUUCUGUUAUGCAGUGAUUCGAGGAAGACCAAGUAAACUAAGACAAAGCAACUCUGAGUUCAGCCCUGAAAAGGUUGCCCUGUCUGAUGCAUAACCUUCCCAUUUUUUACUGUGAGCAGAUAAAUGUGGAGUCAUUGCUUGUUGACGCCACUUGAAGAAUCUGGCCUCCUUUGGGGAAGGAGAAUCCUCUUGCAAUGUUGGUUUGUUCCAACCAAAGACAUUUCAAGUGCCUGUAACUGAUUUGUACAUAUUUAUAAAUAGGUACAUUUAAAGAGGCUUGAUGCACAUACCCUGCAUUGCAGGAAUUUGUAUGUUACACCUUGUACCUGUGGACUAGCUGUCUUUUACUUGUGUAGAUAUGUUUAGUGGCCAGGUAGGAUGGAUGGUGAAAACCUUCUGCAAGGUGGCAAUGAAAGAAGACAAGGACCAUGUUUUUCCCAGUGUCUCUAGCAAAACUGCAGUUUUCUGUUUCUGUAGCAGGUAAAAUAAAUUGCUACCAAAAGGUAAAACAUACAUUGCUUAAUCAAAGAGGUCAUCUGUUCUUCAAAAAGAUGUUCCAUAUACAUUAGGAACCCAUCUAUUUGAAAGACAUCUUAUUGCAUUGCCUAUUAAUUUAUGUUAAAUAACAUCCAGAAUGCCCUCAUUUAAAUUUGGAAACCGACCUAGGAUAAUAUGGUUUUACUGGCAUUCAGUUAUAUUUAGGCACUUGGCUACAAAAACAGUAGUUCUGCCAGCUUUACAUUCUACGUAGAGAGGCUUUCAGUGGGUAAAUGGAUAAUUCUGGUUUCCAGUCUGUACAUAAUAUGUUCCCAUUAUUAUGGCAUCAGAGUAAAAUUAUACUGAAGAGUCUCAAGUUUUGCUAUGAAAGCUUAAAAUGGGUAUAAUGGCACAGUUUCCUCAGCACCAGAAGAUGUAAUUUAGAGCUGAGAGUUCAGGGCUCCUGCUCUAAAGAACCACCAGAAUCAGAUGGUUCAUUCUGAACAUGGUACCAGUAGGUAUUUAGUAAGAUAAUUUUUACUUGGCUGGGUGUCGGUAGGUCCUACUGAAAAAUGUUUCUUUCAUAGUCACUCCAAGUUCAUCUGUAAGAUCUUCAAUGUUUCAUCAUUUACAUGACAAAUCAUUGCUGCUUUUUUUGUUUCCAGUGCAUAUGAUUCCAUGACACAUUUGUUUGAAUUGAAAUUGGAUUGCUUAGAUAUGUUGCUCUCCAGGUUCAUAUGAAAUGCUGUUUGGUUUCUGAAUAAAUCUAUCCUGCUACUGUG